GCUCACAUACACAAACAAGGGUAACAACGCGAAGAGAGCGAGAAAGAGAGAAAAGAGAGCUCGAGAGAGAGAGAAAAAUAAAAAUUUCCAGCGGCGUCGGUGGAUUUGGUAUUGUUCUGAACGCUGCGCCGCAGUUUCGAGUUUUUGCCUGUUUUAUUCCACUCCGAUUUGUUAAAAGAAAAGCAAGGGUUCCAUGUCAGACAUGCUGAAAAUGGCAAAUGUUGCAAAUCCGCUGCAAACAAUGAAGAAAACAAACGCUGAGGAGGAUUCCGAGGAGUCUGACAUGGAAGAUCAGGAUGAAGAAGAGGAGGAGGAGGAGGACGAUCUCCCGGACGAUGUGGUGCUACAAAUUGACAGCGAGGAUGAGGCAGAACUGGAAGCGCAGCGCAUCCGCUUGGUGGAAGAAGAAGCAGCAAAGACAACAAAAAAGGCAGAGAAAGAACUGCAGGAACAACAACAACAAGCGCAGGUCAGUAACGGUAACGAAGAGCAACUGGAGGAAACUGGAAAACCCAACAACAGUGGUAAGCGCAAGGGCCGUGGAAGGCCCAAACGCAGGGCUUCCACGAGUUCGCAGGCUUCCAGUGCGUCGAUUGCGUCCAUAGCUUCCCUCGCUUCCAGUGCUUCCCUGGUGGCAGCACAAGUUCUCGCAGAUGAGAAGUCACGCCGCUUCAUCUACAGCUGUUCCAGCUGCACUCACCACUACGCCGACAGCCUGAUCCUCUCCAGACACUUCCAGCGGGCACAUGCCGCCGACAAGCCGAAGAAAAAACGCGGUAAGACCAAGUGGGAUUCCCUGGCAGAACCUCUGGAUAUUACGCCACCCCUAACAUUUGACCCUUCGGAAUUGGGUCACCUCAAGCCCUGUGCCCAGUUGCUCGUCCAAGGGGAAUCCCUGCUGCAGCUAUGUCUCGCCUGCAACUCACAGUUUGUGGAUGAGGUGCGUUUCCAGGAGCAUCUCAGCCAGCAGCAUGGCUAUUUCAAGCUACUGGUGCCCAAGGAUGAACCCACCGAUCUCCCGCCCCAGGCCAUGGUCACCAUUCCGGGGGCUCUGGCCCUGGGCAAGUCCAACUCGCAGCUUCAGCUGCCCAUUCCAGCUCCAGAAACUCCACCACCCGAGCAAGAUGCCAAGGAAUCGCCAUCCAAUACCGGGUCCAAUGACAAGGAGGAUCUCGCCCUGAUAAACGCCAUGGUGGCCGAGAUUGCAGCAGACCGCGUGAAGAAAACCAGUAGUCCUAAGGUCAGCAAGAUGAUUAUUAAGCUGCCCAUGCCCAGCAAAAGGGGCAGAAAAAGGUCGAAACCCGAAAAGAUCCGGGACAGCAAAGAUAAGUCUGAGAAGAUUCGUGAAAGGAAGCAGGACAAGCCUGAGAAGAAGAAAAAACUGGACAAAAAGGAGGAACAGCAGACAGAUUUCGAACCACUUACGCCAAAGAAAUCUGACAUAGAGAUGGAACAGCAGCAGGAAAAGGAUGCAAGGGAUCAGCUGGAACCAGAAAGUGCUGAAAUGAAACUGCAACAUUCGGAAAAGGUUAAGAAAGAUCAACCGAAGCUGCAAACAUUACAGAUAGAAGUCCAGCCGUCGCCUCAGAAUGCUGAGGAGUCCCAGCUUCCAGAGAAAGAUGAGCAGCAGACGCUGGAAAAGCCUGCAAAAGAUCGAAUGUUGUCGGAGAAGACUAUUGCGGAGCUGCAAGUACUACCAAAAGAUGUAAAGGAAGACAUAAAGUCCACUAAAGACAAACCAUCGCUCGCAAAAGUAUUAAAAGCAAAACAACUUCUGGAGGAACCUGCAAAGGAGAAGCAGCCGCUCGAAAAUAAAGCACAAGAGCCACAGCACAUGCAAAAAAAUGGUGCCGAGAACCUUAACAUUGCUGAAGACGAUCCACAAAAACUGGAGAUUGAUGACAAAGAGCACCAGGCACAGUUGGAAACACCAUGUCACGAUCAUCACCAGCCGGCAAAGGCAGCAAAAUCGAAACAAGCCGACAAAGAGCAGCAGCAAAAAUUUGAUAAAUCGGAGAAGGAUCAACAGCAUCAGGCAGAAGAGCCUUUUAAUCCAACUAAGCGCAAGCGCGGCCGUAAAGAGCGCAAGUCACCCACACCCGUUCCCAUACCGCUGGAGGACAAAGAAAUCAAGGAGGAGGCGGAGCCACCGGAGCGGCGCACGCGCAAGUCUCGUCAGCAAGUGCACUACGUGGUGGAUAUCAAAGAUGAGGAGGAGGAGGAGAAGGAGGACGAGGAGGAGGAGGAGCCAGAGGUGGAUGAUGACUCCUCAGCCACUGUUUCGCCGCAUAACAGCUCAACGGACGACAGUUUCACCUCGAUCAAACGUGAGUCAUCCGAGGAGUCGCAGCGCAAUGGAACUGGUGGCAUACACACCUGCAAUUUCUGUGGCAAAACCUUCAAACGUUUCUCGAGAAUGCAGGAUCACCUGCGUCUGCACACUGGAGAGAAACCGUACGUUUGUGGGCAGUGCGGCAGGGCAUUCCGCCUGAAGAUGCGUCUGGUAGAGCACCAACUGCGUCAUCGCACGGAAAAGGCAUACAAAUGCGAGAUUUGUUCAAUGCCACUGGCCACCAAACAGGAUUUAUCGCUGCACAUGCGUCAUCACAAGAACGAUCGUCGCUACAAGUGCGACAAGUGCAACAAGGGAUUCGUUCGCAGCUCAGAUUUGUCCAUCCACGUGCGUAUUCACACGGGCGAAAAGCCCUAUAGCUGCGAUCUGUGCGGCAAGGCGUUCCGUGCUCGCCAGAAUCUGGUGGUUCAUCGACGUACUCACCUCGGCGAUAAGCCCAUUCAGUGCGAGCUGUGCGACAAGCGUUUCGCUCGAAAGAUCGACAUGCGGGUUCACAUGCGCAGGCAUACAGGUGAAAAGCCCUAUAAUUGUGAUGCCUGCAAGCGUGGCUUCUCCUCCCGUGUGAAUCUGCUGCGCCACCAAGAGCGUGAGCACGGCGAGGACGAGAAGACCUCUGGAUCUGGAAAGGUAGAAAAGAAGAAGCCAGAGCCGGUGAAGGAGCAGGAGCAGGAGCAGGAAAAGGAACCCAAAGCUAAAGCAGCGCCACGACGUCCGCGACGUGAGAAGUUGCAGCAGAAGAUUGCGGCCCAGGAGAAACUACUGGAUGACCUGAAACGCAGCUUGAGCGCCCUGCCAGAAAUCUCCGAGGAGUCAACGCGGUCCAAACUCAAUGGAGCUGGCGGGGAAUUGGCCGCAGAUGCGGGAGCAGGGCGUGCACAAGUACAGGUCACAGUGUCCAUGCAAAUGGAGCCGGCUCCCAAUGCCGAAGACGAUGAGGAGAUCACACCGGAGAAGGAGAACGCCUUGUCAACGAGCUCAACGACCUCCGAUGGCAAGACAAAGGCGAAUCGCAAGAUUACCAGCUACUUCACUGUUGUAGGUCAGCAGGCGGAAAUCUAAAGACUUAUGUUCAGGGUCAGCAACACUUCUUACUCAUUACAUUUUAAGAUGCUGCACUGUACUUGGAAAUGAAGGAGACAUUUCCCUAGCGUAGUGUACACCUCGCAAUUUUACAUUUUCGGAUUUUCAAUGCAAUCUUGCAGCAGGGAUCAAGUAUUUUCUUUUUAUACUAUUUAUAUAUAUUUACGAAUUAAUUUUGAGGUUCUAUGGAGACGGAUACCCAGGAAAUAUUUAAUGUUGUGAAGGACAUAUAACCAACAAGAACAAGAAAAGACUACUUUUUAAAAGAAAUAUUGAUAUUUGAUACAAAAAAAAAACAAGCAAGAGACUGCAAAGAGUUAAAUACCAUAAAUAUAUAUAUAUUUUUCUAUAGACAGAGCAACUUUUGUGAACAAAAUAAGUUAAACUAUGUAAAAAAAAAAAUACCAAUACACUAGCAUGUAAGUAAGUAAGGGAAAUGUUUGCAACCUGUGAAAAACUAAAAUAUCUUGAAACUUAAUUCCUACAACUCGAAUUUCAUUUAAACCGAAUUGAAGUUCCAAUCAACGAUUUUUUAUUAAUAAUUUGUAAACAAACGCUCGACCAAAUUCAAUCUUAUCGAGCUUCCAUAUCAGCAAAAUAUGAUAUUUAUAAACAAAUGCGCACAGCAAUUCGUAUUUUAUUUGCAAACAUUUCCUUUUCAUUCCCCCCUCAUUUAUAAACCGAAUAAGCUGAAGAAUGUUUCACAAUUUCAUUUAAUUUCACCGCACACAUGAAAUCAAUUGCAAGUCACUUAAUAUGCAAUUUAUACGAAAUCUCCAACAUAUACUCAAAAUUCCAAAACAAUUGUAGUUUAAUGAAUAUAAUUUAUAUCUAUAAUGCAUAAGCAAAUGAAAUGCUCUCGGGAAAAGUAUAUUUUCCUUUGAAUUAUUCUUGCACUAUCUCAGCACUCUGUUAGCUAUAUUUAUUUUACAUACUUUACGCAUUUACUUUAACAUAUUUACUUAAUUUCUCGAAUCGUAAGCAUACCGAAUAGACAAUGCAAAAAGUCAGCAAACGUUUAUUUCCUACAUAUUCUGAGUGCAUUUUUUGUAAAUUUAAUUUGUGGCAGCUUCUCUGAUUCUGUAGUAUCUAAGAGAGUCCAAUGAAUAUACGUUAUUUUAUAAUUUCA